GAGCUGAUAAACAAACAAACUUAUUUACAGAUUACUGGCGCAUUCACUUGAAGAAAACAAAGACCAUGCGAGAUUUCGUCACCUUAACCCUGGUCUGCUGCCUGAUGUCAAUCAGUGUCAUCAAACACGCUGAGGCGCAGAGCUGUAGCCAGCUAACGACUUGUACCUCCGCCAUAACCACUGCUUUACAAGGAGCUGGCCAGGACACAAGCAAACUAUGCAGUGCCUACAAUACUUACCUGAACUGUUUAAAUCAGGCCGCCUCUGACUGUGGUGUGGAUGUCAGCGCCACUGUACAAACCGCCAAAAAGUCCUUGUCGCAGUACGGAUGUUCCACUUCCGGUGGUGGUUCCGUGAUGACGCUCCUCAGCUGGCUGUCUCUAACACUCGGAGUUUUCCUUCAUAAAUUCUUUUGAGAAAAUGCCCAUGCAUUUGAAAAAAAAACUUAUUAACGAUCACACCUAACAUAAAAUUUCCUUGUUUCCUAUCUAAGUUGAGUAAUUACUCUAUUUUAAAAGACUAACAGAAUUUUUUUUUUUUUUGCGUAUUUUAAAUUUAAACCUGAUUGUUGUACAUCUUAAAACAUAAUUAUUAUGUUGACUUUAAUCUUAUUUUGUCUCUA